UUUCAAUGGCAAUUAUCAUUAGUUUUAUGAACUCGGUGUCGGUUUUUGAUAACACGAUCGGGGACAAUGUCAUUAUUUGUCAUCAAUUAUUAUUUAUUACCGAAUACCGAAUUACCUACAAGUUGAAAAAACCUCCUGAAGUUACGUCCUGUCCCCUACACGCAAGUCGCAAUAUUUAAUCAUUUUAAUUUUCAAAGUUGGUUCCUCAUUUCUGUCAAUGAACGAUAUAGACAUGCCUUUUUUUUAGCGUUUUUUUUUUUUUGUAAACGCUGCACUUCAGUAAGUAAUUGCCAAACGUAUCGCCGUGUAAGUACGUGGCGGCGGCCUACAAUUAUAGACAUCACUGUCGCUACUGUAUUUCUCCGACCUGUACCCAUAAAUGGUAUUACGAGUAGUACGAAAGACCUUCAAGUGAACUUAGUAAAAAAACAAUUGUCUUACAAUUUUAAUAUUUUCUUUUAAUAUUUCGCGUCAGUGUUGUUAGAUUUUUGUAAUUUUCGUGAUUCUCCAACUCACCAAUGCUGUUUUUGAAAAAUUAACUACAUUUUCGAAACUAUUCAGUAGCAUGUAGAUUUUGACUACAGUAGGGAAUUAAAACCACAACAAUGACCAGUAGAAAACGUAUAGUGUUGAAGCCAUUGUCGCUGACGAGUUCACAAAGCCGAAUUCAACAAUCUACACGUGAUAGCUUUGAAGAUCGGGACCAACAGAUACAAAAACCCUCAACAUCGUUACCAUAUAGUGGGGAAAAAAAAAGAGUGUUACUCCAUCAAGAAAUACUUCAACCAAAGGUGCCAAUAAUACAACGUAGCAGAGUGCCUGUACCUUUCCCAAUGAAUAGCAGUAACCUAUCAGACACUGAUUCAGAUGAUUCUAAUGAUGAUGCAUUUGUGGAUAAAAAUGUAUCAAAACCAAAAAAAAAUAAUACUAAAUUUUAUUAUAAAACUGCAAUAUUUUUAUGCUGGCUAGCUGUUCAAUACUGGAUGUUCGCAGUAGCUGGUUUUGGUGCUGUAUUUUUUGCUUGCUCUGCACUUGUUGCAAUUUAUUUAAACACAUCAAACUCGCAUGGGAAAAAAAACAUACUGAGUGCUUAUUCAGUGUUUAAUCCACAAUGUACUCCAAUUCAAGGUUCAGCUGAUCCCAAACAGUUGGAACGUGAAUUAAUAUUUGGCGGACUAUAGCCAAAAUAUUUUUUUAUACUAUUAUUUUGUUAUUGCGAUUUAUUAUUUAUGUACUAAUUAUUAAUUAAAUGUUUAUAAGCAA